GGAGGUAAUGAGAGCAGUAGUAGGGAGAUGGUCUUCCUCCAUAGUCACUGUGAUGUCUUUUAUCUCCAGCAGAUGAUGAUACACAUCAAUAUUUAGAAGGACACCAGGAUCUCUACAAGGACGUCAUGAUGGACAAUCAGCCGCAUCCCUCACAUCACCGGAUGGAUCCAGUCAUGGGAACCCACCAGAGAGAAUGUCCCGUCCUCUGUAUUCCCGGGAUUCCACACAGGAAGGUCACACCAUCCCUCACCAUCAUCAGGUAGAUGAGGAACAAAUCACUGAUAGUAUCAUUAGGAUCUGUACAUUAUCUGCAUU